UCAUGGGUAACAUGCCCGUGAAAAACAAAAACCCUUCUCAUUUGACCUUCGCUGUCAUGACUUUAUUCUGAUACUUUAUAUUGUGUUGUGCCAGGUUUAGCAAUCUGUGAUCCCUGUGGCCCAAAGGUCAAACUUCCCUGCGAGACACGGGGGGAAGAAAAUCAGCAGCUGUCGCUCCCUCACCUCCCUCGAUCUGUUUGGCCUCACGCGACACUCCUCUAAUCUUUUAGCCUCUCUGCCCUCUGUUAGGGCUUUCCCACAGUAAAUUGAGGAACAGAGGAACAGAGAGAGAGAGAGAGAAAGUCAGCUUCAGGUUCACUCAGAUCAGGACUGAGUGACGGAUACGAAUCAGACGGGACAGCAGGUAAAGGCCUGACAGGCGGUGAGUUAAGAAGCUGCAGGGGCUUUCCAUGUUUAGACCCUGCUGACUACUGCUGCUGCCGUUUCCAGUCUCCUGAGGGAUCGACCCGAACCCCUCCCCUCCUACACCUCUCAGCUGCUCAACUGUUUUCAAGCGCUUCAACAUUAAAAGGCUGCAUCCGCUGAACCACGCUAUGCAGAGGAGGAGUCCCCGCUCAGCUGUUCAGCUGCAAAUGUGUGAAGCCGGGUCGUCUUAUAGUUUUGAAGCCCUUGGAUGCCACGAGCAGCUGGAUCUCAAGGACAGCCAGGACUCUGAGGACCCCACAGAAUACUGUUAUGGAGGAUACCACCCUGUCCAGGUCGGUGACACCUUCAACAGAAAAUACCAGGUGGUGUCUAAGCUCGGCUGGGGCUAUUUCUCCACUGUCUGGCUGUGUCUGGACCUCAGGUUAGGUCGACAUGUUGCUGUGAAGGUGUUGAAGAGUGGAGCUGGCUUCACCCAGGCAGGACAGGAUGAAUUGGCUCUCCUCCGAUGUGCCAGUCGUCCAACCAGCCGUCAUCCCUCCAGCCAAAGGAUUGUUCAGCUGCUAGAUGAGUUUAAGCUGGCCGGGGUCAACGGGGUCCACAUGUGCCUGGUGCUGGAGCUGCUGGGGCCUGACCUGAGAAGCUGGCAACUCUGUUUUGGGGAUCCAGGACUGUCGCAGCUGUGGGUCAAACAAAUUCUUACUCAGGUUCUGCAAGGCCUGGACUACCUUCACACUCAGUGUAAAAUCAUCCACACAGACAUCAAGCCAGAGAACAUCCUGCUGUGCCUGGAGCAGCAGUCCCGCAAAGUACCAGCGGGGGGCAGCAGCUCCUCCUCUGUGCCGACUGGGAAGGAGGCCAAGUCCACAGAGAAGAAGCAGGUAAACCCAUGCAGUUUAAAGGAAGUCACAGUGAAGAUUGCUGACCUGGGCAGCUCCUGCUGGGUGUACAAACAUUUCUGUGAGGAGAUCCAGACCCGACAGUAUCGUUCACUAGAGGUUUUACUGGGAUCUGACUACGGCCCGCCUGCUGACAUCUGGAGUGUUGCCUGCAUGGCCUUUGAACUGGUCACUGGAGACUCCCUGUUUGAACCCAAAGCCCGUGAGUCCAUUUCCCUUGAGGAAGACCACAUAGCUCAGAUCAUGGAGCUGCUUGGUAAAAUCCCACCAGCUGUUGCCUUGUCAGGGAAAUACUCUGCAGAGUACUUCAGCCGCAGAGGUGACCUUCGUCGUGUCAAUCCACUGAGGCUCUGGAGCCUUUAUGAUGUUCUGGUGGAGAAAUAUCACUUCCUGUUGGAAGAGGCCUCUGGAUUCUCUGACUUCCUUCUUCACAUGUUGGAUUAUCAUCCGGAGAGGAGGGCCACUGCUGCAGCGUGCCUCCGCCACCCCUGGCUGACCUCAUGAUAGCCCUGUGAAGGCGCUGUAUAGGCCUCAUACCCAUCUGCAGUCCUUACAUCCAGAUGCUUUCAAUAACUAGAACUGGAUCAUUUCAAGUCAUCUGUGAAUUUAUAUGCAAAGGGAAUCUAAAGAGCCAUUUAGAAGACGUUUUUUUUGUCACUUUGAUUUGUGAAUUCCUGUAGAAUAUAGUGUUGUUGUUAUUCAGCACCAGAGAGAGAAUAAGAUGCUCUUCUCCACUGAAGCCCUGUUGUGCAGCUAAGUAGCUAAGUUUGAUUUUCAGAUCUUUGAGUCCUUUACGUAGCAGCUCUUAUGACACUGCCAGUGUAAAGUUGUCAAUUUGAAUGUUACCAAUGAAACCGUAUCCAACCUUUGAUGAUCUUCCACAGUGAAUGUAUUUUGAAUAUUCUUUUCUUUUAGUUCAUCUUUUGUACGUGGUAAUGAACAUUUAAAAAAUAAAGAUUAAUUGCACUACAA